AUGCAGAGAGUUCAAGAAUUUAGCGGGAAGUUAAAGCGUUAUCCAGGGGUCUUCACAAAUACUAUGUCCCGAGCCAGGCCAACAACUUACGAGAACUUGCGUCAUGGGACAAAGAAAGUCAUGCAACUCAUUGUCCGGCCAGUUAAUUAUGAUGAAGGACAGAGACAGGCAAAGGCCACUAGUGGCUUAAAUCUGCCGUUGAAGUGA